GCAGGCCUAUAGGCCGGCAGACUUCAAUGCGCUAUUCGCAAGCCUUCCAAUAUGAGCCGCCAUCAGCUGGGCCUUCUUCUGCUGCUUCUAGGGAGGAAUUCAAGUCGGUGUUCCAGGCGCCAAGCGAGCCUGCAAAGAGAGAAGCUACCAUACAACCGAAGUCCACCAUGACAAAGUCUCCCCAAAGCAAGAAGGACACGAAGCAGAGCGCACCCAGCGAGCCCGCUCGUCGGAAGAGCAAGGGCUUUUUCGGCAGAGCUAAGAAGUUGCUUUCUAGUAAGGAGAGCAGCAAGUAGGGUCUUGAGCUCCAGAGGUUGCGUGAGAUGAAGUCUCCUGAUGCAGCCACACUUGAUGAAGAUGUGCUUCGCAGCAGCUCGAUGAUAACGGGCAAUGUCUACUCGCUGAGGCGUGAGUGGGUCAGACCGUCUCGCCAACGACAUGAUGAUGAUGACCGGAGUCUACGGCGUUAUAUAUACCCCUGGUCAUGGCUGAACGAAAUGAAUACGAAAGGGCUCGCGUUCAUAGCUGUGCAGAAAAGAAGAUACAUGUCUGCUUCAUGGCAGAAACUCGACAGGAUCUCCAGGGUGAACACAAG